GAAUCUAUAAUAACAAAUUCAACAUGCUAGCAUUGUUUAAGUACAUAGUCUACACAUCCUUAAACAAUCGAUACAAAACACCUAGUCAAUCGAUAAAUCGCGAUCGAACUCAGCGCAAACAAAUAAAUAUAGCAGAAAUGCUAUAUACAAAAAUCUUUUAAAUUCCGGAUACUUCUUUUACGCAAUGAAUGCAAAAGCUGCCUUUUGGACUUUCCUCAAAUUGUAUUCUGUCUGCAAAUUACAUCUUAGGUGCAUAAAUCGAUAAUUUCGCACGUUUCGUACAGGGUUUGGAUCGAAUUUUGAAAGGAGAGUUUGUCACAUGAGGUGCAAAAAAAGUCCGUCGAAUAUUUAAAGGAGGAACGCGUGACCUUUGUGGACAGGGCACGAUUCGUCUCGUAACUUUGUCCGUAGGAGCACGUGCUCGCACACGAUACAUGCUUACUCGCGUACACGUACAGUGCGUGCACGUAUAGCUGAACACAUCGAUCGGAAGAGGCAGGUGGUGGGUAUAUUCUCAGACAAGAUGCUCGGUUUAACAAGGCGGCCAGUUGCACAGCUGUUCCUUAUGACAGCUGCAUCUUCCGAAAUGAAAAGAAAGAACGUUGAGGAAAUCGAGGGGAGACGAUGGAGCGGAGGGGUCGAGCCCCUCGAUCCGAAAUCGUUUACGAUGCCGAGUACCCAUUUGCUGUUUGAACUGUUUCACUAAGGAAAAUAAUUGAUUUAACGUCUACAUUGUUACAAAAACCACAGUCCAUUUCAUUUGCUUGUAUGUAACGCCGAGAGGCAAACGAGAAUGAGAGUCUCUGGCUUGCCUUGACGCUCCUUACAAAUCGAUCCAACUUUCAUGAAGCUAUAUAAUAUAUUAUACACGCAUCUAUGUAUAUACGAUUACCAUUAUACAACAAACCGCAACGCGCAUUACGUUUCGUUACCAGUGUUUGACCUCAUCAAGGCGCAAAUUACGCGAACGAGUGGCGUGGGGAACGGCAGUAAUGGAAUUGCAGAGCUGGCUGCUCUAUCAUCUUGUAGCCGUAACCGACUGCAAUCAAGAGGAAAGAGCAAUCUACAAAUGUUCGAUGUGAUGCAGUCGGCGACUACAUUGAACGGCGGAUCUUAUCCCGGUGCGGGAGGCACCGGAAGUCGGGCCCGCGAUUUAGGUCUCCGCGCCCAAAAAAAACUCCUCGGCCGAGUCGUAUCUACAGGAGCCGGAAGGUCGCUGUUGAUAGACGAUGCCACCACAUCUUUACUCGACAAUCUUUACAAACUCAUGGAAAGAGUAGCGAAGACCAACCCGGGUUUAGACAAGAAGCAGCCGGAAAAAGUUCUGAAGAACGUCGUCAAAUUAUCGAUCAAGGUGGGUCUACUUCAGCGUAAUCAGCAAUUGAACUCCGCCGACGACGCGAAACUGGUUGAAAUAAGGAGUGCGCUUAGAGCGGUGGCAAUGUCCGUCGUCUCGUUUUACGAGUUGGAGUUCAGUUUCGACAGGGGUUAUCUGGUGAAGUCGUUGGAACGAUGCAGGACCGCGAUACAGGCGCUGAUAAAGCCGCACCUCACGGAUAAAUCGCAAGACCGGUGCGAUCAGGUGUUCGAUUUCUUAACGCAUACGGAUUUCCUGGACUCCGUAUUCAGGCAGGACUCGGAGCAUAGACCCGUCCUCGGGAUGUUAGUCAGUGAUAUAAACAAGGCCUUGGAUGCUGGACAUCUUUGAUUCUAUUUGAAACUUCGUCUCGUUUCGAUUUCGGGACGAAUAUAUUUGCUGUAGUUAAGGGGACAGGCUUUUCCCAAUUAUUUUUCUUUGGAAAAGAUGCCUGCGCAAGAAGAAGGUUGCUGUCGGAGGUACAGCGUUUAUCACGAGAGUCGAUGGAAUUCACACAGUAGUGCUCACUAAUUUAUAUGCAAUAAUCGUGAAAUACUCUAUUUUAUUUCCGGAGGAGCAGCUGCGAUUCAAAGGCGACACGCUCUCCUGAUGUAUUGUUACGAUCAGCGUAUAUUUAUUUAUGCCACUCACGAGUUAGGAUAUACCAAAAAGAAACGAUGAGCUUAUUUAUACCCCGACUUAGGGCUUCUAGAGUAACGAUGGGUAGAAACAACUCUGUUAAUCCCGAAAAAACCGCGUGAAUAGAUAAUCUUCCACUUCUCAAAGACCUACACACACACACAUAUAUACACACACACACUCCGACGAGUGUAUAAAAACGGGUCGCCCUUUAUUUGCACGCGUAUUGUGCGCCUCGGUACAU